AUGCAGCCGAGCGAAGCCGCGUCGUCGCAAGCCGCCUCUCCUCAGGCCGCCACAGAAGAGGAGAAGCCGAAACUGAAAAUCUGCUGUGCCUGUCCGGAGACACGCAAGCCGCGCGACGAGUGUGUUGUCGAGAAGGGUGAGGAGUCCUGUGGAGAGUACAUCGAGGCGCAUAAGGUUUGCCUGCGGUCGCACGGGUUCAAGAGCGGACCCAUCAACUCUGCGGGCGCGCGGCCCGAGUUCUGUGGCCAAGCAGUGGGCGCGAUGUGGACUGUGUACUAG